CCUCCCUCCGCAGUACCUGCCGCUCUUCCUGCUGAUCCGACCGCAGCAUCAGCCGCUUCGCCGCCGCCAGCUGCUGUGCCUGUCCCGACAGCCACCGCCAGUCCCGCCAGUUCGGAGUGCCACUGCCUGAGCGAAGAUGGAGCUGGACCACAUGACGAGCGGCGGCCUCCACGCCUAUCCCGGGGCACGGGGCGCGCCGGUGGCCAAGCCGAAUGUGAUCCUGCAGAUCGGUAAGUGCCGGGCGGAGAUGCUGGAGCAUGUGCGGAGGACCCACCGGCACCUGCUGACCGAGGUGUCCAAGCAAGUGGAGCGUGAGCUGAAGGGGCUGCACAGGUCCGUGGGCAAGCUGGAGAACAACCUGGACGGCUAUGUGCCCACGGGCGACUCGCAGCGCUGGAAGAAGUCCAUCAAGGCCUGCCUCUGCCGCUGCCAGGAGACCAUCGCCAACCUGGAGCGCUGGGUGAAGCGUGAGAUGCACGUGUGGCGAGAAGUCUUCUACCGGCUGGAGAGGUGGGCUGACCGCCUCGAGUCCAUGGGUGGCAAGUACCCGGUGGGCAGCGAGCCGGCCCGCCACACCGUCUCUGUGGGUGUCGGAGGUCCUGAGAGCUACUGCCACGAGACUGAUGGCUAUGACUAUACGGUCAGCCCCUAUGCCAUCACCCCUCCGCCGGCAGCUGGUGAGCUGCCGGGACAGGACCCAGCUGAGGCCCAGCAGUACCCACCAUGGGGGCCGGGUGAAGAUGGGCAGCCAAGCCCUGGAGUGGACACGCAGAUCUUCGAGGACCCACGGGAGUUCCUGAGCCACCUGGAGGAGUACCUGCGGCAGGUGGGUGGCUCUGAGGAGUACUGGCUGUCCCAGAUCCAGAACCACAUGAAUGGGCCAGCCAAGAAGUGGUGGGAGUACAAACAGGGCUCGGUGAAGAACUGGGUGGAGUUCAAGAAGGAGUUCUUACAGUACAGCGAGGGCACCCUGUCCCGGGAGGCCAUCCAGCGUGAACUGGACCUGCCGCAGAAGCAGGGAGAGCCACUGGACCAGUUCCUGUGGCGCAAGCGGGACCUGUACCAGACACUGUAUGUGGAUGCCGAGGAGGAGGAGAUCAUCCAGUAUGUGGUGGGCACCUUGCAGCCCAAGCUGAAGCGCUUUCUUCGACACCCACUACCCAAGACCCUGGAACAGCUCAUCCAGAGGGGCAUGGAAGUGCAGGAUGGCCUGGAGCAGGCAGCUGAGCCAGCUGGGCCCCAGCUGCCUGCUGAGGAUGAGGCUGAGGCCCUUACACCUGCCCUCACCAGUGAGUCUGUGGCCAGUGACCGGACACAGCCUGAGUAGAGGGCAUCCCAGAGCCCCUAACCUACCUGCCACAUCCACCAUGUGGCCUUUGCCAACCAGGACUUGAGCUUUGGCUGACUCACACAGGGGCAGCCCUUGUCCAGCCAGGGAGCCCCUUGGCCUCCUGGCACUGCUCACACAGAAAGAUGCCAUUCAGCUGUGCUCAUCACCCAAAACAGCAAAGGAGCCCCUCCCCUGCAGGGCUCCUGCCUGUCGCCUUCCCCUCUGUCUGUCUUCCUGGCCCUGGCCUUGCUUGAGCUGGCAAGUGGCUCCACCCUCCACGCUCUCAGGCCAUCACAGACCAUCCUCGGCUUCCUCAUUCUGCUCCAAUACCUGGGCCCUCUAGGCACCCAAAAAACCAAGUGUCUGAAGACAAGGGCCAGUGGGCUCCAAGCUCCUGGGGCACCCCAGGGCAGAAGCUAAGGUAGAACCAGUGCCAAAGGAACCUCAACUUCCAGAGACGGCACCCCUGACAAACACUGCAGAGCUAGCUGACACCCUCCUCGCCUCCCAGAACAGUUGGCCAGCUUUGAGCAGCAUGGCUUCCCUCCCCAGGGAAAGCCAAAACCACAAAUGCAACAGCAGCAGCAGCAGCAGCAGCAGCAGCAGCAGCAGCAGCAGACCUGACAUCGUGGUGCCUCCUGGCCCCCAGUGCAGUGAUUCACACCAGCCUGGGGAAGAAUCAGAACUCAGUUCGGUGACUCACGCAUGGCAGGCGGAGGGUCCCAGAGAAACUGAAUCCUCAAAUCCGGCUGAGGCAGCAGCCGGCACCUUUGGAGCCAGGAGAAUGACAACAGGUCUCAAGGCUGUCUCCAGAACUUUGCUGUUGCACCUUGCACCGUCUCCUUUCCUCUCUCAAAGCAGCCUGCAUAGAAGUCCCAGGACAGCUGAGAGAGGGCAGCUCCAGAGAGGAAGCAGCCUGGCAGAGGGCAGCACCCCAGCUCCGCCCAAGAGCUGGUGAUGAAGACAGGCCAGCAUGAGGGCCAGGACCUGCCACUAUGCCUGCCCCGCUGGCCACCAGCUGCCUGUUCCCAGAGCCACUGCAGCUGGAGCGGGGUCUGCUUCCCUGGCAACCCCCUGCUCGCUGCAUGGCCAUUACCUGCUGCCAGAGCCUUUCAGGAGCUCUGAGGCCAGGGCCCUAGCUGCUACUCCUGCCUGGCGCCCACAAAUCCAGCCCCAGAAGAGCCCUAGACCACUGCUCCUGGGCAUCCUAGGUGCUCUGUCCUGCUCUGCUGUUGCUUAGGAUGGGCUCCCGUCACUGCCUCAGCACCAGCACCACGGUACUGGGAGCCCUUGGUGUCUGCAGCCCAAGCAGGCCCUGCGUGGAGGUUCCUCUUUCUGCCUUGCCCACUGCAUUCCAGAUUCUGGGGACCAGCUCUGCAGGUCCAACCUGUGCCCCUGCCAGCCCCCACAGAUUUUAUUCUUUGCACAUAAGCCAUAACCUUUACACAUUGGCCAGCACCAGCCACAUGGAGGCCCGGGGACCUGGGAAGACCCUGGACACCUCAAGAGGGUGUGACUGCCCCUUACCAGACCAGGCCAUGGGUUUUUGGCCAGGAUAUGUACCCCUGCCACCUCACCUUGAAGACAGGCUCUUUUUAUAAGAUUUUGUUAAUAAAACAUUGAAACUUC